UGCGCCAGGGGCGAGGCGGAGCGGCGGCGGCGGCGGCGGCGGCGCGCAGCCUGUCCAUCCGAGGAGGAGGCGAGGAGCCGCCUGGACGGCUUUUUUUGGGGAGAGAGGAAGGCGGUGCCAUCAUGUCGGGCUUGGAUUACCUGGCCGCCGAGUGCCUCGUUUCCAUCUCUACCGGAGCUCUCUUACACCCGGCCACCGGAGCCAAGGAGGAGCGCGGGGCGCGCCCCAUCGUCGCGGCCCCGCCGGAGGCGGCGGGGGAAGCCCUGGGAAGAACCCCCGACGGCGCAGGCAACCUCUCCGGCGCGGCCAAAAGGCACGGAUGCCCGUUCCAGGGCUGCGCAAAAAUCUACGGCAAAUCUUCCCAUCUGAAGGCACAUCUCCGGACGCACACGGGCGAGCGCCCGUUCCCUUGCAGUUGGCCCUCCUGCCAGAAGCGAUUCGCCCGUUCGGACGAGCUGGCCCGCCACCUGCGCACCCACACUGGCGAGAAGCGCUUCGCCUGCCCGCUCUGCGAGAAGCGCUUCAUGCGCAGCGACCACCUGACCAAGCACGCCCGCCGCCACCCGGCUUUCCGCCCGGACAUGGUCCGGAGACCCGAGUGCCACAGCGCCUCUCCCAGUGACUCCGCCGCAAGCAGCCUGGCUGGGAGCCCCGCCCAUGACAGCCCCGCCCCCUGAAAUGGCCCCGCCGCUACCCACGAUGCUUUGCUGGCCCCAGCCCGCCAGGGACCCUCUGCUGGGCGAACGGGGCCUGUUCCCGGUUCCCAUCUUGGGCGCCUCCAUUGAGCGAGGGUCACCGCUGGCGAUUGGAGGAAGUGUUCCACGCGACUUGCUUCGGUCCAUUCAAUUGCAACUUUCCACCUUCCCCUGCCGGGGUUUUUCCAGCGUUUAGGGUCCCCUCGCAGCCCGUUUGCCUCGGUUUCCCAACGCAAAGGGGCGUUCUUGGUUGGGUGUCCAAAUCGUCCCACCCUGCCGUUCCCUAUCACUUUCCGGAAAAGUCCGGAUUCUCGGCCCCCUUCCCUGGCUCCCCAAUACUCAGGAAAGGAUGGGGAAUUUAGUCUAGAACCCGCCAAACCUUUCUUUGCCCAGAUGCAUGGUUCUAGGAAGCUCAUUUAUAUGGUACAAUGGGACAGAGAUGUCCACAAUUGCACGUCACCCGGAUCUGGUAACCAAAGGUAGACUGCCUCUGGCUGGGGGGGAACGAUUGCGGUGAACAGAUGACUCCGAGAGGCUCUUAAACAGGGUACGGUAUAGUCCAAGCUGAACCGGCGUUAUUUGUUCCCGGAACCUGGUCACCAGAGGUAUACCCCCCUCUAAGUAAUCUAUUCCUUGCUGUCCCGGCUGCCCGCAAUUAAUCGGAACCCAGCCUUAAAAGGGAAAAUAAAUACUGUAUUUUUCGCUCUCUAAGAUGCACCAGACUGCAAGACGCACCUAGUUUUUGGAGGAGGAAAAGAAGAAAAAAAAUAUUCUGAAUCUCAGACGCCAGAACAGCAAGAGGGAUCGCUGUACAGCGAAAGCAGCAAUCCCUCUUGCUGUUCUGGCUUCUGGGAUAGCUGCGCAGCCUGCAUUCGCUCCAUAAGACGCACACACAUUUCCCCUUACUUUUUAGGAGGGGGGAAAGUGAGUCUUAUAGAGCAAAAAAUACGGUACUUUUGUGGGUGCUGCACGGAGGAGCGAUCGCUCCGUCCUUUGCUCGCUCACCAGCUGAAACCCGCUCACCUUCUCCAAAAACCAGAUGGGGUUCGGCUCGCAGCUCCCAUCAGCCCACCCGAAGGCCAGCAUGACUAGUGGUUAGCGGUGAUGGGGAGACGAAUGCCUCUGUUUGGAAAAAGCCCUCCCUUCCUGAGAGUUGAGGAACACCUCUUCCUAGAACAGGGAUGGGGAAGCCUGUAUCCUUCUCGUGUUGGACACCAGCGGCCAGCAUGCCCAAUGGGCGGAGGUCAUGGCCACUGGAGUCCAGUAGCAUCCAAAAGACCCCAGUUUGGGAAACCGCUCUCCUCUCUGUCUGCAUCAGAGGCCUGUUUGAUUUGCCUAUCUGUCAGUCCUCUUCCCUGGGACUUAGUUGAGCAUCACUAGUGGGUAACCUAUCCCUAGAAUUUGUAAAUAAUUCCCCCUCCCCUCCGAACCGGGUCCAAAUUUUAAUAUCUGUACAUAGAAAAUGGAGGACCUGUUUUUAUGGGUGUGGCUGUUCUUGUUAUUUUUAUAUCUCUAUAUAUAAAAACAGUGUAAUUUAUUUUAUUUUUAAA